AUGCAGACUGCUUCUGCGAACAUUUGUGAAAGACUGUGCAACAAGUCCAUCCGUGAAAUUUCCUUGCUACUAAAUAUUCCACGAUCAACUGUUAGUGGUAUUAUAAAAAUGUGGAAGCAAUUGGGAACAACAGCAACUCAGCCACUUAGUGGUAGGUCACAUAAAAUGACAGAGCGGGGUCAGCGCAUGCUGAAGCACACAGUGCGCAGAAGUUGCCAAUUGUCUGCAGAGUCAAUAGCUAAAUACCUACAAACUUUGUGUGGCCUUCAGAUUAGCACAACAGUGAGUAGAAGGCUUCAUGGAAUGGGUUUCCAUGGCUAAGCAGCUGCAUCCAAGCCUUACAUCACCAAGUGCAAUGCAAAGCGUCAGAUACGGUGGUGUAAAGCACACUGACUCUGGACUCUAG